GAAAAACGACACGGACCCGUGAAUCCCCCCAAGGUAGCGGAGAACACUACCACGGUCUCCGACAGUAGGUGAAUAUAUCGCGCGGUUAAUCCGUUUCCGGUUGUCGAGUUGACGAAACGCGCCGACACACCGCGGGUGUGUUGCUUCAUUGUUGUACAGCAAGCAGUGCAGUCAAGGUACAGUACAUUAUUCGUGAUUGGUGCAGGAAACAUUGGCCGGUCCAACAAAGAAUCGCACCUUGCUUGUUGGUGGUCACGGAACAAAGGAAUACGGAAAGUGUUAAGAUAGAUCCUGACUAGUGAGAAGUUCUGAGUUUGUAUUAGAAAGAAGAAAGUCGCAUUCAAAUGCGGAUGCAAUCUGCCACAUUCAAAUCGAGUUGACAACGAAAAUUUACCGUCUAAUGACAAAAGCCGUAAACCAUACAACGAAAAAAAAGAAGGUGAUCCUCGCGGAGUGAGGUUUUCAAGUGUCGUCCGGUGAUCGCGUACCUCUCUAUCAGUGUUCCGUUCCUAUGAACCAUCCGGAAAACGCGCAAAACAGAGACAGCAACCAACCAAUCAGCAAACGAAAGCGGUGCGUUACUUGUGGAAUAUCCAGUGACUGCUGAGUGAAACAAAAAAAACAAGAAUAAGUUUACCACAAAAUGGAAUCAUCCGGCAGUGUUGCACUCCUGCACCGAGAUCAUUGUGGAUGGUUACCGUUGUCCGUUUCAUCACCAUCGUCAUCAACGUAGAGAAAAAUUGACACAAUUGCGUUCGCGUGAUAGUAUGAUUUGUUGUUGAAAAUAGUACGGUGAUUUAGAAAAAAAGUUCGGUUUGCUUGUUUUAGCAAGUACCUAGAUAGUUCAUUUUUUUCUGUGUAUUAUUGCUGCCACGAAAUAAUCCACGUCUCUUGGUGACUAGCUUGUGAGAAGAAUUGUUACUGUUCUGUUUUUUUUUUUCGGUUGUUCCCGUUUAAUUCUGUGCGUAACAGGAAGAAAAAGAAGAAGUGUAUCACCAGGGCCAGUCAGCAAGCAAGCAGCGAGGAGCGGUAAGGGCAUCAACCCCCGCCCAAACACAAGUGAUUCCAAAUGUUGUCUUGCCUGGUGCCGCCCCGCUUUGGACAAGAGGACUGUAUCAUGCCGUCGUCGGCGAAGUUCGCCCUGCAGUUUCCACCAUUGGCAUCCGGGCUACCGAAAGACGAUGAAAGUAACACCCCGCAGACAGAUUGCUUCCUUCAGUGUCCGCAGUGUCACGCGACGCUGCAGGGUUUUCAGGCCCUGAAGGAGCAUCUCGAAACAGUGCAUUCCAUGAUUAAGCAAGAGCAUGGCUCCGCAUCGCCCUCACCGCCGCUGUCGGCGUUCUAUCAGCAAUCGUUCCAAUCAAUAGGUGCUUCCCUGCCGUCUCCGCCAGUUUCCUCCUCGGCGCUGGACAGUAGCUGUAACGAGCCAACCUCGCUUGCGACUAAUGGCAGAAGUAGUAGUAGUAACAGCAACAGCAGUACCAGCAGCAGCAGUAGUAGUAGUAGCAAUAGUAGCAGUAGAAGUACCUCGGCAGGUGGUGGUCUUAGCGCUGCCACCGUUGCCGCAAUUGCUGACGAAGGUGGGCGGUCUAUUAGUCCGACGAAUAGCAACAGCAGCAGUAUUGGAGGUGGAAGCAGCUACGGGAUUGGCGGCGGUGGCCACAGCAGCAGCGGAGAACCCUACGCAUGCUUACAAUGCUCCGCCUCAUUCCCAAACCGUGACUUACUUGAGAAGCAUGAGCUGAUGCACGUACCUAAUGCUCUGGUGAGCUGCAAAGUGUGCCACAAGCAGUUCGCCAACGUGUACCGGCUCCAGCGGCACAUGAUCUCCCACGACGAAUCGACGCUGCUCCGAAAAUUCAAAUGCACCGACUGUGAUAAGGCGUUCAAGUUCAAACAUCACUUGAAGGAGCACGUGCGCAUCCACUCGGGGGAGAAGCCGUUCGGGUGCACCCACUGCGGCAAGCGGUUCUCCCAUUCGGGUUCCUACUCGAGCCACUCGACCUCGAAAAAGUGCAUCGGCAUGGGACUGAAGCUGAACAACAACAACAGCACCAGCGUCACCAACAACAAUAACAAUGGCAGCACCAGCCCGGUCGGAAAUAAAUCGGAAAAAAGUAGUCGCCGUUCCGGUUCGUACUUACCCGGAGGUAGUCCGGCGGCGGCUGGCCUGUCCAACAGUCAGCUGUCGAAUGGCCACAACCCGAGCAACAGUGCAAAUCCAACCGCAUUCCUACCAAUGUUGCCCAAGUACCCGCCAAACUACGAAGCCAUGAAUGCAGCUUUCCUGGCAUCGUUUCACAAUCCCUUCUAUCCGAUGGCGUCACUCAAUCCGGGCAAUCCAGCAUUCAGCCCCUAUAGCAUACAGCGCCUGCUGCAGCUUUCGGCGGUUGGCGCCGCCGCUGGAUCUGCUCCCAAACUGGAGGGCAUGGAGUCUGUGAUUCUAAAAAGUCAGCAACAGCUGAAGCAAGACAUCGAAAGCAACUCCAAGACCCCCAGCGGCCAAUCGGAAGCGGAGGAUAUGAUCGACGAGAUUGUGGAAGAUGCUACCGAAGAGGAGGAACCCAAACUGGUGAUGGAUGUAGAUGAUGAUGAUGACGACGAAGAGGAAGAAGAGGAGGACAUUGGAGAGCGUGGUCAGGAAACCGAUGUCACGAUGUCCGAACAAAAAGACAUCAAGGUAGAUGACGACGAUGAUGAAGAUGACGAUGGAGAAGACACCGUUAGAAUGUCCGCAGGGCAUCCAACUCAGAUUUCUCCAGCAAUGACCGAACCCCAACCUUCAACAUUCUCACAAAUCUCAUCCGACAGCGAGUACCGCAACAUUUUGAACGAUAUGAAACAAAAAAUUCUCGAUGUCGCUCAUCGUAUGUCGGCCGGAGAUCAGCUCGUACAGAGACAGUCCCCUCCAGCUCCGCUGGAAAACGAACGGAUCAAGCUAGAACGGCCGGAAUCGGUAUCGCCCGAACUUAACAUCGAUACCGAUAACUACAGCCCUACAUGUUUGCCACCCCCGCCAGUUUCACCAGCAAUGAUGGCAAUCAAGCGUGAACACAAAGAGGACGUCGAUGUCGACAACCAGCAGCCGGCAAAGAAAGCACCUCUUCUCCAGUGCCAACAGUGCAAGGCCACCUUCAACCAUCAAACGGAACUGGUUCAGCACGAACAAGUGCUGUGUCAAUCGUUGAUGUUCCAAAAGCAAAUGGCCGCAGCAGCGGCUGCGGCAGCCGCCGCAAACAGCUAUCUGCCAAUGAACAGCAGCAGCGAGGACGAUGGCGAUUUCGACAAUUCCAAACUGGUUUCCGAGCGCAGUGGAAAGGUUCGCGUGCGAACCGCCAUCUCCGAAGAACAGCAGAACGAAUUGAAAAAGUAUUACGCCCUAAACAACAAACCGAACCGGGAGGAGUUUCAGAUGAUUGCCAAACGAGUUGGCAUGGAAGCUCGUGUGGUUCAGGUUUGGUUCCAGAACAACCGUUCAAGGGAACGCAAAAUGGGCAACUUGGUACGUCCUCCCGUACCAAGAGAAACACAAAGUUCACCCAUUUUCCCCACAGGACCGACGGCAACCGCGCCGACCGCGGGUGAAGCGGCGGAACAACCGCUUGAUUUGUCGAUCAAGAAAACCGACUCCAACCCGUCUAGUUCACCCCGCUACGGAACCGCCCCGCUGACUCAACCUGAAACCGUAACGUUGCUGGACGAAGCUAUGAAUCUCAGCGUAAAGUCUUCCCGUAGCUCCACACCGUACAAGGGCCUCUACCCGUCGUACACUCAAUUUUCCGCGGAAAUGUUAAUUCGCCAAACACCAUCACCGAACGAAGCGGCCGCUCAUCCGCGCCAGCAACAAAUUCGACCUCCGGCCUCGGUUCCCAACUAUCCGCCGAUGACACCCACCGCUAGUGGUUUCGUCGGAAUGGAUCGACUGCUUCAGCAGUUCUCCCCGGAAAUGGCACGAGGGCCGGUGCGAGCCGAUAGUCUUAGCCCCGGCGCAGAGAAACGCGCCUGGCGUGAUCUAGAGCAGUACGAAGCGGCCGUAAAACUCCACAGUCAAUCACCUUACGACGAACACAAACUGCUCCAGAUGCAAUCGAUGCUGAACGUACCGAAACGAGUUCUUGGCUACUCCAGCGCGAACCACGGCGUCAAAGAGCUGCCGGACGCCGAGGGACAGUAUGUGUGCGACCAGUGCGAUAAGGCAUUCAGCAAACACAGCUCCCUUCAGCGGCACAAGUACGAACAUUCAGGACAACGUCCGUACAAGUGCGUGGAAUGUCCGAAAGCGUUCAAACACAAGCACCACCUGACGGAACACAAGCGGCUGCACAGCGGCGAAAAGCCGUUCCAGUGUCGCAAAUGUAUGAAACGCUUCUCGCACUCCGGUUCCUACAGCCAGCACAUGAACCACCGAUACUCAUACUGCAAACCGUACAGGGAAGGUAAAUAAGAUGAGGACCAGGGACGGGAAGUUCCGUCCCCGGUCAUCAACGGCGGUUACCCGGCGAUGGCUGCUGCUGCUGCUGCUGCUGUCU